AUGCCGGAUACAGGUGCGGUGACGCCAAUUGUAUCAAAUCAACUUCCACCACGUACAACAACAAGUCAUCGAUGGCCUCGAAAAUGGGCAACACUCGGUGGACGUGGUACACCAGCAACAACACUACCUCCAACAAAUCUUACUGAUGCCGAACUAAGUGAAAAAAGCAAUGGUCAUCAUAUGAAUGGCAAUGGUCAUCACCAUCAUCAUCGAUAUUCAACAUCAUUAUUUCGUAAAUCAUCAACGAUAAGUCGAACCAAUGGUGGCACAACAACAAAUAAUUCCGAGCUAAAUAAUGAAGCACCAUCAUUGAAAAAAUCUCGUUCGUUAAUAAAUGUUCUACGUUCGAAACUAAAUUCUCCAGCUGUACUUCGUCGUUUCCGUACAAAAUCUCGUGAGAAUGCCAAAGCAACAAUAACAGAAGUAAAUCCUGAAACUAAACAUGAAGAAGAAGAAAAGCCGCCAUUACCAACACUAAAUGAUGAAAAUAAAAAAGUUCGCAAACGAGAUCCAUCGCCUAUGAAACGUUUUACAAGUCGUUUGGCACAAUUAACACGUAGUUCAACACAUACAUCUAUUGAAAGCGAACAACAAAAACGAAAAUCUCCAUCACCACCAAUACAUAAUAAAGAUGAAGUUGACCAAAUAAAUGCGUGUUAUGAUGAAAUUCGUGCGAAAUAUUUCGAUAAAAAUAAUAAUAAUAAUAAUAAUCAUGUGAAGAAAAAUACAAUGCUCAAUCCAUCUAUUGCUUUGUCGAAUGAACGUUCGAAAGAUAUUCUGUCAAUGACAACAGCAUCAUCCGUUGAAUAUUACGACCGGCCGUAUUCAGCAAAUGGUGAUAUACAUAAUCGUUCAUUGAGUACAAUAUCGAUGAAUGGCUCAUUGCUUAGUCAUGAAUUUUUAAAUAAUUCUCAAUAUGUUCCAUCGUCAUCGCCGCCUAAAACGCCGGAUGAUCCGUUACUUCAAGCACGUAAACAAUCAAAUAUCAAAUUAAAUUGUAUGCUAAGUGGUUACGGUUUUACAACGCCAUUCGGUAAUCAUGAAAAAGUAUUAGGUCAACAUGAUUUAUUUAAAUUUCAUCACUAUCACGAUGUUGGAAAAACUAAAUUUGAUUUUAAUUUUACAAGUAAUAAUAAUCGAAUGUAUUCAAGUUUACGAACAAGACCAAUGAGUAGAAGUAUUGAUAGUUUUAGACGCGCUACGACCACGAUUGAAAAUGAAAUAAUACCAACAGCGUCAAGAGUUGAACCCGAUAAUAGUCUAUUAGAUGACGAUGAGUUAACGUCGAAUAUAUCCUGUGACAAUGAACUUGUCAUUCGUGAAGACGGUGAUAUUAUAGAGUCCGAACCAAAAGUAUAUUCAUCCAAAGUUCAUGUAACACCAGCGGCUUCUCUUCAUGUAAAAACAUUUAUUUCAACGUCGUCAAGUGCACCUGAAGAUGUUUGUAAUCUGUCCAAUGGUAAACACUAUGAAGAAUGUGAAGAUGAAUUUGAAAGAAAUUUUUUACGUGCCGUUGAUCGAGCGCUUGGAACUGCCAAUAAAAACGAAGAUCUUUUACUACAACCGGUUUACGAUAUACCAAUGAAAAGCGAUGAAUCGGAUAUGGAUCUUGCCGAUAUGACUGAACGUGCACUAUCAACAUUCAAACAUACACAUAUUCCUAUGGAUGAAGAACCAAAAAAUGAACAAGUUGAUGAUGAAGAACGAAUUAAUGGAGCAGAAUCGCCCAAUGUUGAAUUAUUCGAUCGUACUGGUGAAAUUUUUGAUACCGACAAUAUCCAUUGGCAAUCGUCUGCAGUUUAUGAUCAUCAGUCAAUGAUUGUGAAUCAUGAAGAGGAAAAAUAUAAUGAAGAUAAUACUAUCGACGAUAAUGUAUGGUCGAUUGUUGAUGAUUUAACGCGAAAAACUCAUGAAUUUUUACUUGAAGAACCACAGGUAAGCCCGAUAAACAACUAA